AUGUUUAGGAAGAAUGUCGCAAGACAGUUCCCUGCAGAUCGUAUUUCCAACUCCAAGUACGACGCGACUAAUGAAUCUUUGAAGGGAACACCCCAUAAUGCCUGUUUCCUAGAACGAAAUGUUACUGCUUUUGAUGCUGAAUUUUUCGGGAUGAGUUCAGAUGAAGAUUUGGGAGCGGACCCACAACAACGUGUUCUCCUUGAGGUAACCUAUCGUGCUCUUGAGGAUGUUCAGGCAAUCGUUGCUGGCUGUGACAUCCUCCUUUCGCCGGAUUGCUUUAUCGCAUUGUCUGCUUUGGGGUUCCUUUCUCCAGAUGGGGUCUGCCAGAGUUUUGAUAGCAGGGCAAAUGGGUACGGGCGUGGCGAAGGAUUCGGCGUACUGAUUAUCAAAUCAGUCGAUGAUGCAGUCCGUGACGGAGACACCAUUCGUGCCAUUAUUCGUGCUACAGGCACCAACCAGAACGGACGUACUACACUUGCUCACCCAAGCAAGGAAAUGCAAGCGCAAUUGAUACAGUCAUUGUAUGAUAAGGCUCAGCUCAAUCCACUCGACACGCAAUUCUUCGAAGCUCAUGGCACAGGAACAGCGAUAGGUGACCCUUUAGAGGCAAUGGCAAUUGGGAAGGUUUUUGGCCGUGGCAGAAGUCUUGAUCAACCAUUAAUUAUUGGAGCUUUGAAAGCCAACAUCGGCCAUCUCGAGGGGUGUACAGGAAUCGCUGGAGUACUCCAGACCAUCUUAGUGCUGGAGCACGGCACGAUCCCUUCAACCAUUCCAAGUCUUACCGGGACGAACCUCGCAUCAGCCGAAACACACGGCUAG